AGUUUAGUGUCGCCUGAGAGCCUGUACUCAGGGCAACAAAAGCAGUAAUCGCAGACGGACUAGUGCUACGGGGUUCCCUUUGGGCCAAAAUACGGCGGUAUGCGCACUAUCUGCUCUACCGUCUUGGUGCAGGCCCUGUAUUUUAUACCAUGUUGUUAAUAAUGCCGUACGUAUGUCUUGAGGACACCAGGAGCAGCAGAAGUUACAGAGGAAGGCCAGGAUAGGAGCUGUGCUGGAUGGUGAGGUUGUUGCCGUGCUGCUUAACUUUCACCAUGGCAACCCGGUUCGGCUUAGAUGGGCGUAAAACUAUGGUUUAAAACCAAGACAGACGGAGGUGUGGCUUGAUCAGCCCAUUGAGUAGAAAUACGUGACCAUGCAGUGAUGUCAUCCACUCUAUAGUUUAAGGUCCUCUUCUUUUUCUUACAUUUUUUGUGCUUCUGCUCUUAUCCUGCCCACAUUUACCUCAAAUUGUAGACAUUUUUGUGCUCUGUCACAGUGUGACUACUUAAACAAUAGGAUUCAAGGUAAUUCAUGUAGCAGCCUCUAAGCCCUCAGCUACUCCAUAGAGUGCAAUCUUAAAAUAACUCUUGGGAAAAGACACAAACCAGGCCAGUUUUAAAACUGAGACUCUGCGGCCAUUUUUCACUUUAUCUACACAAAAGACACAUGUCAUCUUCAGUAAAGUCUGCAGAUGCUAGUAGUCACCAGAUUUCAUAACAGUUACAUUUUUGACUUGAUAGGGAGAGUGAGAGAUGUGCAGAGCCACAUCUCAAUAUUGUGUGACUCACACAGGGCCAGCUUACUGCAGUUGCCUGCACACAGGUGAUCAACAUUAACUCAUUAAGACCUCCCCUGUGCUGUUUACACACACAUUCAUACAGACAAAGACACACACACAUACACACACAGCUGAGACCUAAUUCUCUUCAUUUUAACUGUUAGGAAGUUCAAACAUUCUGUAGAUGCUGAUCAUCUGUCUCAUAUUAAUACAAAUAAUUUCUUCUUUCACAGUGUUUUAAGCAUUUUUAUUUCAACGUCAAGCUUUGGUUUUGUAUUAUUUACAUUUCAGUUGUUUCUACAGCAUGUUUGUGCUCCCUCCUUUUUCAUCUAAUGCACUUAAGCUCCCAGUCCCAGUUUUACAUUUCAGCUUCUAAAUUUUGAUUCAGCUUCUGCCCUUUUUGGUUGCCUACUACUCCUGCAUACUUUCUGCUACAGAAGCCAUUCAACUAUCAACUAUCAGGACAUUUAUGCUUAUUCAACUUUCUCUGCUAUUUAUACUUGGUUGUAACUUUCAGCUUCCAACUUUUGCUUAUGCAUUUAGCAUUUUUUUUUGUGUGUGUGUGUUUGUUUUUGCCAUUUCUCAGCAUUUCUUCAGCAAUUCCUUCAGCUUUCAGCAUUUUUUUUUUUUUUUGCAGGAAAUGCAUUCCCCCUUUUUUAUUGCAACAGUAUGUGAUAGGCCUAAAAACAAACAAAAGGUUUACCACAGUCAUAAGCUGCUUCAGUGUAAAAUAAAUUACAUUAAAGAAACAGCUGCUGGUCACCCAUAACAACUACAUUCCAGAAUGUUGGUGCAGUAUAAAUACAGACGCAGAACUCCAGGUCGCCCCUUUCACCAAGAUCUUUGGAGAAUACUGACAAGUGAGAAAAACACAAGCGACAGAGCAAGAACAACACAAGUGGACAGAGAGAGAAAAACAGCAAGGAGAAGAGCGAAAGACUGAGGAGGAUUGAAAAAGGAGGACUGCAAAGAAAAGAGAAGACAGGAGCAAGAGGAGAGAGAGAGAGAGAGAGAGAGAGAGAGAGACAGGAGCAGGGGUAAGUUCAAAGACAGGGGAGGGUAGAGAAGAGGAGGAGGGGGGAGGAAAGAGAGAGGUAGGAGCAGGAGAGAGAGAGAGGAAGGAUAGGAUGGAGAAGAGGAGGAGGGGGGAGGAAAGAGAGAGGCAGGAAGAGUGGGGGAGGGAGGAGAGAGAGAGACAGGAGCAGGAGGAGAGGGAGAGACAGGAGAGGGUAGAAAAGAGGAGGAGGAGGAGGGAGGAAAGAAGGAGACAGGAGGAGAGGGAGAGGGAGGAGAGAGAGAGACAGGAGCAGGAGGAGAGGGAGAGGGAGGAGAGAGAGAGACAGGAGCAGGAGGAGAGGGAGAGAGAGGAGAGAGAGAGACAGGAGAGGAUGGAGAGGAGGAGGAGGAGGAGGGAGGAAAGACAGAGGCGGGAGAGGGAGGAAAGGGAGAGGCAGGAGCAGGAGGAGAGGGAGAGGGAGGAGCAGGAGAGGAAGGAGCAGGAGGAGAGGAGGAGGAGGAGGAGGGAGGAAAGACAGAGGCAGGAGGAGAGAGAGAGGGAGGAGAGAGAGAGGCAGGAGCAGGAGGAGAGGGAGAGGGAGAGGCAGGAGAGGAUAGAGAAGAGGAGGAUGAGGGAGGAAAGAAAGAGGGAGGAGAGAGAGAGGCAGGAGAGGGAGGAGAGAGAGCGACAGGAGCAGGAGGAGAGGGAGAGGGAGGAGAGAGAGAAGCAGGAGAGGAUGGAGAGGAGGAGGAGGAGGAGGGAGGAAAGACAGAGGCAGGAGAGAGAGAGAGAGGAGCAGGAGGAGAGGGAGAGGGAGGAGAGAGAGCGACAGGAGCAGGAGGAGAGGGAGAAACUGGAGAGGAGGAGGAGGAGGAGGGAGGAAAGACAGAGGCAGGAGAGGGAGAGGCAGGAGCAGGAGGAGAGGGAGAGGGAGGAGAGAGAGAGGCAGGAGGAGGAGGAGAGGGAGAGGGAGGAGAGAGAGCAGCAGGAGAGGCAGGAGAGGGAGGAGGAGACUGUGGGAGACAAGCAGGAGGAGGAGACAGCAGCUACAGCUCAUCCAAAGAGGGGCCUCGUUUCAAACCUGAAGAUCCGGUACCUGGAGCACCAGAGGGACCAACUCAUCAAGGCCAUCUCGAAGACCCACAAGAAGGAGGUGGCCAUUGAUGCUGGUGACGACAGUCCUGAGAUGAAGGAGAUCCGGACAUGGAGGCAACAGGGCAAGAGGAGGAAGCUGCUGAAGAAGCAACAGAAGAUGGAGGAGAAGAUAAAGCGGAAGAGGGAGAAGCAAGAGGAGGCAGAGGAGGACGACGAGAAGAAAGCUGGUCUCUUCUUGCGGAUAGUGACGGGAUUCUUCGAGGGGUAUGGUGACCUUAACAUGGCUGUUCUUUAAAAUGCAAAUUUUACUUUAUAUAAACUUAAAUUAAAUGAAUAGAAAUAAGAUGGUGUAUACAGGUCAGCACAAAAAGAGAAGGAUAGACAGUAAAGAAUAACAGUAAUGUUAGGCAACACAAUUUAAUAUAAUUCAACUUAACCAAUGUUAUUUGAUUAAAUCUCAAAUUGAAUCCAAAGCAUUAUUAUUAGUAUUAUUAGUAGUAACCAGCCAUUAGCAGUAUAAUCAAUAUUGUCUUUAUUAUUUACUAUUUAAUAUUUACCUAAUAUUUAAGUUAAAAGUGUAAGAUAAUGUAAUAUAAUCUAACUGAAAAACAAAUAACUUAAUGUAAAUCUUUAGGUUUAACUAUCUGAUAAAUUAUUCAAAGUAGGCUUAAAGUAUUAAGAGAAGGAAAAGAUCAUUUCUAAAACAGUAAUUGUAAUGCAGAAUAAAGUUAUUUGUCCUCCUACGAGGGGGGGUGGUGGCGGGUUAAAAUAAUAAUAAUUUUAAAAAAGUAAUUCAGAUAACUGAAGUAAGGUUGAGAGCAGGAAACAAGAGAGGAGAGAGAAAAAACAAAAAGACCAAAACAAAAACAGAACAGAUUAUAAAGAAGUUUAAACCAGAGGUUAAAGUAGUUAGAAGAAGAAAAGAGGAGUUUAAAAAAGGCUAAUAUACUUAUUGUUAUAUAUUUAUACUGUCUAAUCAUAGUCGUUUAGAAUAAAAUUAUUUGUCCUCCGAUGAGGGGGGGUGGAGGUGGGUUAAAAUUAAAAUUUUUAAAAAGUAAUUCAGAUAACUAAAGUAAGGUUCCACAUGGACUAUUAACAUGCAGACUGGCUGGUUUUAUUUAUAUAGCAGUGUUCAGGAGCAGAUAUCAUAAAGUGCUUGACAAUAAAAGAAAACAGAGAGGAGAGAGAAAAAAAACUAGUAAGACCAAAACACAAACAAAUUACAAACUGGGAAAAAAGCAAGUCUAAACCAGGAGUUAAAGUAGUUAGAAGAAGAGAAUAGGAGAAAGAUUUUAAAAAUGCUAAUAUAGUUAUUUUAUAUAUAUAUAUAUAUAUAUAUAUAUAACAAUAGUCAUUUAGAAUAA